AUGCAUCUCAAGUCGGCGGACACUUCGGUCCUCAAAGGACUUCGAGAAAAGUCCUUGAUUCAGGUUCGUGUGGGUCUUCCAAAGAAGAACCCUAAAGUUUUGAAACCCGCUUUCACCAUUCCUCCCAAACUGUUACAAUCCCUUGUAGAAGACCCUAAAUGGGAUGAAAAAGGCAGCGUCACACAAAACUACAAUUCCUUCGGCGUCGUCAAUGACCCUAACUCCCUCACUGAUUCUCUUCGAGCUCCUCCUUCUGUCUCCGAUGACCCCAACGAUUCCGGCAGUGACCUCGAAGAAGACGGACAACCUCAUGAGGUGGCGGAAUCGAGUGGUAUCGUAGCUAUAUGGCUUAUACCUUUGCAUUUCAGUUUUGCGUUUCAGUUUCCUCUUCAGAGGUUUCUACAGUGCCAGCUGAAAACAGGUGUGAUUGCAUGGGUUUCUCUUUUGGGUUUAGUGGUGAAUGUUGUAUUGAGUUGGUUGUUGGUUUAUGUUUGGGAUUUUGGGCUUAUUGGUGCUGCAAUAGCUUUGGAUGUUUCAUGGUGGGUAUUGGUAAUUGAGAUGUUUGGGUACACAGUUUGUGGGGGUUGUCCUUUGACUUGGAAUGGUUUUUCAAUGGAAGCAUUUUCUGGCCUUUGGGAAUUCUUCAAACUGUCAUUAGCUUCAGGGGUGAUGCUUUGUUUAGAGAAUUGGAGGCAAAAAGGUAAGGUGGAUUGUUGUGAACUUGUGGUUAGAGUUCCAGGAUCUGCUGCAGUUACAUUGUUGUUUGUGUACUUGUGGUUAGAAUACACAUUAUACUAUUGCAUCCUCAUGGUUGAGUUGGAACCCAGGAUCUGCUUAUGGAAUUGGUUUUGCAGUAUGACUAUGAAUGGAUGGGAAAUGAUGAUUCCAUUUGCCUUCUUUGCCGCCAUACAAGGCAUGGUUAAACCAUCCAAGCUUUUAACAUGCUUCCAGUGGGGUGCCUUGAUGGUGGCAGGACGCAUGUUUCACGGAAAACCACUGUAUGUUGCUUUUGCUCAGAGGAAAGAUGUUGUUGCAACUGUGGCAUUUGGUAUGGGACUAGAUAAAAGAGAUGUUGGAGCAGUAAUUCAUUACAGUUUACCUGGAAGUCUGGAAGAGUAUGUACAGGAGCUAGAUAAUCUACCUACAGAAGAGAAGGCUUUGCUGAAUUCACUCCAAACUGGGAAUAGGCUGAUAGCUGCUGGCUAUGUUCUAUAUUCAUCUGCAACUAUACUCUGCAUCACCUUUGGCUCUGGUACACAUGCAUUCACGCUCGACCGCUCAACGGGAGACUUCAUUCUCACAAAUCCAAACAUUAAAAUUCCUCCUCGCGGGCAAAUAUAUUCUGUGAAUGAUGCAAGAUAUUUUGAUUGGCCUGAAGGUUUAAGGAAAUAUAUAGAUACCGUGAGACAAGGAAAAGGUAGAUAUCCUAAGAAGUACUCUGCAAGGUAUAUAUGUUCGCUGGUGGCGGAUCUCCACCGAACUUUGUUGUAUGGGGGAGUGGCUAUGAAUCCGAGGGACCAUCUUCGACUUGUUUAUGAAGCAAACCCUCUUAGUUUCAUUGUGGAGCAAGCUGGUGGAACAGGGUCCGAUUGGAAAAGUAGGAUUCUUUCACUUCAACCAGUUAAACUUCACCAAAGACUUCCUCUCUUUUUGGGGAGUUUGGAAGACAUGGAAGAGUUGGAAAGUUAUGGAGAUGUACAACAAAAAGUAAAUCCUGGUUAUGAGGUUUGA